AUGACGCAAGGGUCACGAAAGCGCAAGUUGGACGUGGACGUGGUGGGCCUGUCUGAGGACGGACGUGGCGACAGCCAUCGCGGCUCCAAAGCGAACCGAACCGUGCUUCCAACUUUGCCAAGCUCCAGCGAUCUGUUGAGUGUCAGUACUGACCAGAGAUUUGGAGAGAACACUGAGUUUCUCCCGUUGAAUCAGCUCGCACGAGUCUAUGGGACAGCAGAAGAGGAGCGAGAGGAGCAAGAGGAGGAAGAGGAGGAGCGUGCUGCGGAUGUGAUCCAAGGAAGCCAGGACGAUGAUUCUUCAGGGUCUAUCUCGACCCUUUACGGGACCAUCGAGGGCACAAUCGUAGGAGUUCGCUACUAUAACGGUCGUGCUACUCCCGGAGAGCAUGUUAUCCUGAAGCGAGAGCCAGAGAAUAAAUACGAUCGCAAUGCGAUUCGCGUUGAUAAUGUUAUGGGCUCUCAAAUUGGACACAUCCCGCGGCAGCUCGCUGCCAAACUUGCGAGUUACAUGGAUGGUAAAGACCUUUCUGCUGAAGGCAUUUUGACUGGACUGAUUGGCGCCUUCAACUGCCCUGUUCAACUGCGGCUUUACGGAACUGCUGAUCCUGCCAAGAAAAAUGCUCUCAAGAAACGGAUGCAGGCAGAUAGGCUACCAGUAAAAGAACUGAUCGCAGCCGAGCGGGAACAACGGAGACUGGAAAAGGAACGAGAGCAAGCAGAGAAACAAGCUGCAAAAAAUGCCCGUGCUAUGGCACUUGGGAAAGCAGCGCAGAAAUGGCAAUCCAAUGAUAACCCCAACUUUGCGAAUCUUUCUACUCCCACAGGCAUGGGGGAGAAUGAAAGCUUCGAUGAACUCCUCAACCAAAGCCGCUUUUUCAACCCCAGAGAGAUUGGUCAAGUGGUCGAAACUUUCGGGCAGAAGGAGGGCGACCUGGCCAAAAUGCCAAUGGCUGAAUCUCCUGCUGGUCUAUCCACGGAAAUACUUGCAUAUCAAAAACAGGGAUUAGCAUGGAUGAUCGAUCGAGAAUCUCCUACCCUACCUGCCCCCGGAUCAGAUGACAUUGUACAGCUAUGGAGACGCAGUAGCAACGGUUUCACGAAUGUCGCGACCAAUUUCUCCACAGCAACUGCUCCACCACUUGCAAGCGGUGGUAUCCUAGCAGACGAUAUGGGUCUCGGCAAGACAAUUCAGAUCAUUUCUCUUAUCAUGGCCAAUCCUAAACCCCACACUCCAUAUUCUAGCAACUCAACUCUGAUCAUUGCACCUCUUGGGCUAAUGAGCAAUUGGCGAAAUCAGAUUCAAGACCACACCCAUCGCGAAUCUGCUCCCCGUGUUUUGAUCUAUCACGGAUCCGGCAAAAAGGAGAAGGGAAAUUUGGCCAGCUAUGACGUUGUGAUCUCAACUUACGGAGCCCUUAGCACGGAGUUCAGCCCUGACGCGAAACAGCCGCCUGCCCAAGGAAUUUUCUCCGUGCACUGGCGUCGUGUGGUUCUUGACGAAGGCCAUACAAUUCGGAAUCCCCGAUCAAAGUCUUCCCUGGCGGCCUGUGGUCUGCGUGCGGACUCUCGCUGGACUUUGACUGGGACACCAAUCAUCAACACUCUCAAGGACCUCUAUUCCCAAAUUCGAUUCUUGAAGCUGACAGGUGGACUGGAGGAAUUCAGCGUCUUCAACAGUGUCUUGAUGCGGCCUCUCGCAACCGGAAACCCUGAAGCUCGUUUGCUUCUGGAGGCUCUCAUGGGAACAUUUUGCCUGCGUCGCAGAAAGGACAUGGACUUCAUCAACCUCCGUUUACCGAUAAUGACUUCUCGCAUUCUUCGCAUCAAGUUCCAUCCACAGGAAUUAGAGAAAUACAGCGCCUUGCAGAGCGAAGCGAAAGGGGCUUUACUACAAUUCAAAGACAAGGAUGGCAGCUACUCGUCUCUGCUGGAAGUCAUCUUGCGCCUUCGACAGGUUUGCAAUCACUGGGCUUUGUGCAAAGAUCGCAUUAGCAGUCUCAUGGAUACGUUGGAAAAACAUCAGGUUGUCCCUCUGACACCAGAGAAUGUGAAGGCUCUUCAGGAGAUGCUCCAGCUCCAGAUAGAGAGCCGGGAGGUGUGCGCGAUCUGUCUUGACAACUUCGAACAACCUGUCAUAACAGCAUGUGCUCAUGCAUUUUGCAAAGGCUGCAUCGACCAAGUUAUCGAGCGACAGCACAAAUGCCCGCUCUGCCGUGCAGAGAUCAAGGACUCCCAAGUACUUGUUCCUCCCGCUGCGGAGCUGGGAGAGGCUGCCGAGACACCCAUAGGCGAUCCCGAUAAGCCUAGCAGCAAGAUCGAGGCGUUGAUGAAGGUUCUCACGGCACAAGGCCAGGCUUCAGGCACAAAAACGGUUGUUUUCAGCCAGUGGACCUCUUUCUUGGACCUUGUUGAGCCCCAUCUCAAGCAACGAGGCAUCAACUUUGUGCGCGUUGACGGCAAGAUGCAGUCUGUGAAGCGCGACCGCUCGAUCGAUGCUUUUAGUAACGAUCCGUCAUGCACCGUCCUCCUCGCCAGCCUAAGCGUUUGCAGUGUGGGCCUCAAUCUUGUGGCAGCGAACCAGGCCAUUCUUGUCGACAGUUGGUGGGCUCCUGCGAUUGAAGAUCAAGCAGUGGAUCGAGUUUAUCGACUUGGUCAAAAGCGCGAAACCACCGUUUGGCGUCUCGUUAUGGAAGACAGCAUUGAGGAGCGAGUGCUUGAUAUCCAAGAGCGAAAACGUAAACUCAUGCUCGCUGCAUUUCGCGAGACAGCUAAGAAGAGACCUGAGGAUCGAGCCACUCGCUUUGUUGACUUUGAAACCCUUCUGCGUUAA